AUGUUCAAGCGAUCGUUCAACACCAGGGAUGGUCGCAUCGUCAAAUCGAAGACCACAAGGACCAAUUAUCCCGAACAUGUGAAGAAGAAGAUGCAGGACACUGUGGACGCCGGCUCGCCAGUGGCAAGUACGCUGACGAGUCCCAUCGUCACCUUGGUGGUGGGUCGUGAACAGCGUCUUUUCGCUGCUCAUGAAGACGUCCUCUGUCAUUCACCUUACUUUGUUGCUGCUCUGAAAGGCCAGUUCCUGGACGGCGGUUCGAAGAGGGUGGAACUGCCCGAUGAAGAACCCGAAAUCCUCUCGUGCGUCCUCGAGUUUCUGUACAAGGGUGACUACUAUCCCCGCUUGGUGCACAACAAGCGGCGCAACACUUGGGAUCUUGAGAAUGCCGAGCAGGAUCUAAAAAGUGGUGGCCGCGGAAGCAGCGCAUCGACAAUCUAUCUCUCUGAAGCCGGUGGCGAUGUUCUCCGGGACACCGUCGUGUACUGCGCUGCCGAUAAAUACAACCUGGAGGAGCUGAAGCGCGUGGCUCUGCGGAAACAGGGGCUCCAGUCGGGAAUCCAGGUUGAUGUGAUCUUACGAUCGGCUCGGUAUGCAUAUACACACACGCCGGACACGGAGUCGCGACUCCGCGCUCAUUACCUAGCUCUGAUCAUUCGAAGUCGUAAGACUUUUAAGAGGAGCGGAACCAUGCAGAUGGAAAUGGAGAACGGGGGCAAAUUGUUUUUCGACCUGUUUGUGGCCAUGUGCAAUCACAUCGAUGACAUUGUCGAGAUCAGGUAA